AAAAAUUUGGUGUCCGGUAGAAAGUUCGUGAAAGGGGAUAUCACGUUUGCCACGUCACACGCACACACUUUGAUUUUUUUUCGGUUUCCCUAUCUUUCUCUACAUAAUACAUUAUUUUGAUACAGAAAGACGUCAUUAGAAUACUUAAAAUAUAUUCGGUGAAGUCAAAAGACUCUUGUCAUGUUGACAAAAACGUGACAUUUGAAUGUGCCGUCAUCGAAUACGGCUUACUGUGAUAUCAAAGGGCAAACGUCGGCAUCGAACCCCGCCCAUUGUUGUCAAGGUAACCUAACAACAAGACCAUUACAAAAUCUAAGCGCAAGUAUUUUUUUUUUUCGACAAUCCGAAGUGAUGACGUCAGUCAGGCCACGCUUUUUCACUCCUGCUCAAGUGGCGGCUCACAACACAUCAGCAGACCUGUGGGUGUCCUUCCUGGGCAAAGUGUGUGACUUGACCCCCCUGAUGAAGCAAUACGAGGGUGAUGUUCUGCUACUGCCCAUCUUGGAGUUUGCAGGAAAGGACAUAAGCAGCUGGUUUGACCCCGAGACCAAAGACGUGUUGACCUUCAUCCAUCCACUGACCAACUGUGUGAGCUACUAUACUCCCAGAGGACGAUUCGUGCACAUUCCCCCUGCCGUGCCUCGCUCUGACUGGGCCAGUGACAUUGAUCCAUCCUGGUGGAAGGACCAGCGCUACGAGGUGGGCCGGUUGUCAUCUAAAACCAGGUGGAUACGAGUCAUCAACACGCUGACAUCACAGGAGCAGAGACUGGAGGUGUGUUCUGAGGAGACGUUGGCUGAAAUCCGGGAGCGUUACCUCCCCUACAACUCGCACGCAUGUAGCUACACAUGGAAACACAACGGACUGAGUCUGGACAUGAAUAAGACACUAAGCGAGAAUAACGUCCCGGACGAUGAUGUCAAGCUACAGCUGCUACGCCUCGACUGCGACCUCUUCACCCCCGCCAUCCUCCUGCACUUUAAUGAUGACCUCACUGAAGGGUGACCUCUCACAUGAGUGUCAACCUGUUGGCAAAGUUGUGUAAAUAAAGAGUGUGUGUAGAAAAAUAAA